AUGGAGUUCUUCAAUGAUCAAUACGUUGCACUUUCUAAGGCUGCUGCUACCGCUGCCACCGCAGCUGUUGGUGCUACAUGGAUUGGAGUUGGGAGGGCUUUCCAGUAUCGGGACUUCGAUAAUAUGAAUUCCCUGGUAUUUGAAGGAGUUCAGGAUCCAAUCAUAGGCAUGAGGUGGUUGUCUGACGUUGAGGGAUGUUUCUUUAUGUGCUCUUGCCCAGCUGACCAAAAGGUCAAGUGCGCUCUAAACGUUCUUCAGUCUGGAGCGAAAGAUUGGUGGAUGUUGGUUACUAGUUCAUACACCCCAGAGCAGCGAGCUUCAGUUUCAUGGGAGCAGUUUUCUGAUAUGUUCCGCUCGAGAUAUGUUCCAUUAGUAGAGUGGGAGAGGGUGGCUCAGGAGUACUUGGAUUUAAGACAGGGGACCGAGUUGGUGAUGGAGAUCACCAAGAUGUUUACGAAGAGAGCCAUGUUUUUCCAUAAGUUUGUUGCUUCCGAGAAAGCUCAAAUGACUCGGUACUUGAGCAUCCUCAAGACAGACAUCCGUUAG